AAUGCGGCGGCGCUCGCGGAUGCUGCUGUGCUUCGCCUUCCUGUGGGUGCUGGGCAUCGCCUACUACAUGUACUCGGGGGGCGGCUCCGCGCUGGCCGCGGGCGCCGGCGGCGGCAGGAAGGAGGACUGGAAUGAAAUUGACCCAAUUAAAAAGAAAGACCUUCAUCACAGCAACGGGGAUGAGAAAGCACAAAGCAUGGAGACCCUCCCUCCAGGGAAAGUGCGAUGGCGGGACUUUAACCAGGAAGCUUACGUUGGAGGGACAAUGGUCCGCUCCGGGCAGGACCCCUAUGCCCGCAACAAAUUCAACCAAGUGGAAAGCGAUAAGCUGCGGAUGGACAGAGCCGUACCUGACACCAGGCACGACCAGUGUCAGCGGAAGCAGUGGCGGGUGGAUCUGCCGGCUACCAGCGUGGUCAUCACGUUUCACAAUGAAGCCAGGUCGGCCUUGCUGAGGACAGUGGUCAGUGUGCUUAAGAAAAGUCCACCCCACCUCAUAAAAGAAAUCAUCUUGGUGGAUGACUUCAGCAAUGACCCCGAGGAUGGGGCUCUCUUGGGGAAAAUUGAGAAAGUACGGGUUCUCAGAAAUGAUCGGCGAGAAGGCCUGAUGCGCUCUCGGGUCCGGGGGGCCGAUGCGGCCCAGGCCAAGGUCCUGACCUUCCUGGACAGUCACUGCGAGUGCAACGAGCACUGGCUGGAGCCCCUGCUGGAGAGGGUGGCAGAGGACAGGACUCGGGUUGUGUCGCCCAUCAUCGAUGUCAUUAACAUGGACAACUUUCAGUACGUGGGGGCGUCCGCUGACUUAAAAGGCGGUUUUGACUGGAACUUGGUGUUUAAGUGGGAUUACAUGACACCUGAGCAGAGGAGAUCCCGGCAGGGGAACCCGGUCGCCCCCAUAAAAACCCCCAUGAUUGCCGGCGGGUUGUUCGUGAUGGAUAAGUUCUAUUUUGAAGAACUGGGGAAAUAUGACAUGAUGAUGGAUGUGUGGGGAGGAGAAAACCUGGAGAUCUCAUUCCGCGUGUGGCAGUGCGGUGGCAGCCUGGAGAUCAUCCCCUGCAGCCGCGUGGGACAUGUGUUCCGGAAGCAGCACCCAUAUACUUUCCCUGGUGGCAGCGGCACUGUCUUUGCCCGGAACACCCGCCGGGCAGCAGAGGUCUGGAUGGAUGAAUACAAAAAUUUCUAUUACGCAGCAGUGCCUUCUGCCAGAAAUGUUCCUUAUGGAAAUAUCCAGAGCCGAUUGGAGCUUAGGAAGAAACUUAGCUGCAAGCCUUUCAAAUGGUACCUUGAAAAUGUCUAUCCAGAAUUAAGGGUUCCUGACCAUCAGGAUAUAGCUUUUGGGGCCUUGCAGCAGGGAACCAACUGCCUGGACACUUUGGGACACUUUGCUGAUGGCGUUGUUGGAGUUUAUGAGUGCCACAAUGCUGGGGGGAACCAGGAAUGGGCCUUGACGAAGGAGAAGUCGGUGAAGCACAUGGACCUGUGCCUGACGGUGGUGGACCGGGCGCCCGGCUCACUCAUAAAGCUGCAGGGCUGCCGGGAGAACGACAGCAGACAGAAAUGGGAACAGAUUGAGGGCAAUUCCAAACUGCGGCACGUGGGCAGCAAUCUGUGCCUGGACAGCCGCUCGGCCAAGAACGGGGGCCUGAGCGUGGAGGUGUGCAGCCCCGCCCUGUCUCAGCAGUGGAAGUUCUCGCUCAACCUGCAGCAGUAGGAGAGCCCGGAGGCCUGGGCCGUCCUGUCUCCUGCGCCCGCGGGCAGAGUUU